AUGGAUGUAGGGAAUAAUUCUAUACAAACUGAAUUUGUUCUGAGAGGACUUCCUCAUGCAAAAGAACUGACAAUUCCUCUUCUUUUGGUCUUCACGGUUAUCUACAUCUUCACUCUUCUUGGAAACAGUUUACUGUAUAUUGUAAUAAAAACAACACCAUCACUUUAUACCCCUAUGUAUUUCUUCCUGAUAAACCUUUCUUUCUUAGACAUGUGCCUAUCUUCAGUCACCUUGCCUAAGCUUCUUGGAAAUUUCCUGUCUGUAAAAACAAUUCCUUUUAGUGGAUGUGUGAUGCAGUUAUACUUCUUUCACUUUUUGGCCAGCGCCGAGUGUUUCUUAUACACUGUCAUGGCAUAUGAUCGAUAUGUUGCUAUAUGUCGACCCUUGCACUAUAGCUCUAUAAUGAACUGGAAGACCUCUAUGUGCUUGGCUUUUGGGUGUUGGUUGACUGGUUCUCUGCACUCCAUUACACAUACAGUACUAACCUUUCAACUUCCAUUUUGUGGUUCUAAUGAGAUAGAGUACUUCUUUUGUGAUAUUAUUCCAGUCUUAAAGCUGACAUGCACUGAUACAACUCUAAACAAAAACAUGAUUUUGGCCAACAUUGCAGCAAUUUCUUUAAGUUGCUUCCUCCUGAUUCUGGUAUCAUAUGUACAUAUCGUUUUAACUAUAUUGAGGAUCAAGACAGCUGAUGGAAGGAACAAGGCUUUCUCUACUUGUGUGUCACAUGUGAUACUGGUGGCUUUAUUUUAUGUUCCUUGCAUCUUUACCUAUAUGCGUCCAAACUCAGACUCUAUUUUAAAUGGAGCUGUUGCGGUUUUUUAUACUGCAGUUACACCUUUAAUGAACCCAGUAAUUUAUAGUUUAAGAAACAGGGAGGUAAAAGAAGCCUUGAAGAAAAUACUACUUGGGAAAAAGUAA